AUUCGUAAUCUACAUUUGUUUUUGUACAAUUUAAGUUCAUAGAAUAUUAGCAUUCGGCGUUAUAUAUAAGUUCCAUUUUCCUCGUAGAGAGAAAAGAGCAGAAGCGCGGCAUCAUUUCGCCGAUCGCAAUUUAGAAGAAAUCUUUGAGGGUCAACUAUGGAGGUGGCGGGAGCGGAGUCCCCGGCGCGGGCCAAGUUCGCGCUCCCGGUGGACUCGGAGCACAAGGCGACCGUGUUCCGCCUCUUCUCGCUUGCGAAUCCCCACAUGCGGGCCUUCCACCUCUCCUGGGUCUCCUUCUUCGCCUGCUUCGUCUCCUCCUUUGCUGCCCCGCCGCUCCUUCCGGUCAUCCGGGAUGACCUCAACCUUACUGCCACUGAGAUCGGCAACGCGGGGAUCGCCUCGGUCUCCGGGGCCGUCUUCGCCAGGGUCGCCAUGGGCACCGCUUGUGAUCUCUUCGGGCCCCGCCUCGCCUCAGCUUCACUCAUCCUCCUCACCGCCCCGGCGGUCUACUGCUUCUCCAUCGCCAAUUCUGCCACCUCCUUUCUCCUCGUCCGGUUUUUCACUGGGUUCUCCCUCGCGACUUUCGUGUCCACCCAGUUCUGGAUGAGCUCCAUGUUCUCACCGCCAGUAGUUGGGUCCGCCAACGGCGUGGCAGCUGGGUGGGGGAACCUCGGCGGCGGUGCGACCCAGCUGAUCAUGCCGCUUGUAUUUGGUGUCAUCCGCGAUGCCGGGGCGGCUAAGUUCACGGCAUGGCGGAUUGCCUUCUUCGUCCCAGCACUUUUCCAGACGCUGACGGCCUUCAUGAUAAUGUUCUUUGGGCAGGACAUGCCAGAUGGCGACUUCCGGAAGCUUGAGAGCUCCGGCAAGAAGCCGAAGGAUGAGUUCUCGGGGGUGCUCUAUAAAGGCAUGACCAACUACCGGGGGUGGAUCCUGGCACUGACCUACGGGUACUGCUUCGGGGUCGAGCUAACGAUCGACAACAUCAUCGCGCAGUACUUCUACGACCGGUUCAAUCUGAAUCUGCACACGGCAGGGAUGGUGGCGGCGACCUUCGGGUUGGCGAACCUGUUUUCGAGGCCGGCAGGGGGGUGGCUGUCCGAUGCGGUGGCGAGCAGGUUCGGGAUGAGAGGGAGGCUGUGGGCGCUGUGGGCGGUGCAGACAACGGGGGGUGUGCUGUGCGUGGUGCUCGGACGGGUCGGUUCGCUCGGUGCAUCGGUGGCUGUGAUGAUCGUGUUCUCCGUGUUCGUCCAGGCCGCGUGCGGGCUCACGUUCGGCGUGGUUCCUUUCGUCUCUCGGAGGUCAUUGGGGGUGAUCUCUGGUAUGACCGGCGGUGGUGGCAAUGUGGGAGCUGUCCUGACCCAGCUGAUAUUCUUCAAAGGAUCCAGAUACUCCAGCCAAACGGGCAUCACCCUCAUGGGCAUAAUGAUCAUAUGCUGCACCCUCCCCAUCACCCUCAUCUACUUCCCGCAGUGGGGCGGCAUGUUCUGUGGCCCGUCGUCGGCCAAGGGCACCACCGAAGAGGAUUACUACCUGUCCGAAUGGACCGACCGAGAGCAAGAGAAAGGUUUCCAUCUGGCGAGCUUGAAGUUUGCAGAUAACAGCAAGAGGGAAAGGGGCAGCAGGAGAGGGGAUUUGGUGACAGCCCCCGAAGAAAAGGCCGCUGAUCCAGAGCAGGCUCAGUGAAUUCCAUCAGACUUUUUGUGAUCAUUGGCCUUGAAAAUUAUAGGGUGUUUUUUUCUUCUUCUUCUUUUUUGCCCUGCUCAGGGAGCAUGUUGUUUGACAGUAGAUUCUACAAUCUUUUGGUGGGCUUUCGUUGUUCUUGUACUCUUGCACCAUGUCCAAAAUAUGUUGCUUUCGUCCCAUUAGGGAGUUGGUUUUCUUGGAACAAUAAUUUGAUAAUGUAAAUUUUGUUUGAUAAUAUCAAAUGACUUUCUACUCUUUGGCA